AUUGCCCUGCAGUGAAAAGGCCUUUGCAGCUGCGUGAGCCUCCAGAACAUCACAGGGUUUGCUUCCAUUCUGUCCUCCUGCUAUAAAGAAUGGCAAGGCUGUGUUUUUUUUUUAUUAUUAUUUUUAUUUUCUGGUUGUGCUCCCCAUACCCCACAGGAAAGCUAAGUCCUUCCUACCAGGUGUGGAGCACAGUAAGCUUCCUCUGGCAAGUUCAGAGAAAUUACUGGAGAGCUUGGUAAAUGAGACAGACUAAUUUCAGGAGGUGUUAAGAAAGAACUGAACUUGGUGGAUGGGAAGUAGUUAUCUGACCACUUCCUCUUACGCAUUCCUGUCUGAUGUAAAUGACUCUGUAGAGCACAGGCUGGUAGGUAGCAUCUCUGCCAGCCUUACAGCUGGGAGCGACCUGCAUAUAGUAGGAUUUGCCAGUAGGCUGCCAUGAAACUUCAAGAAUAACUUCUUCUGGGAACCAGCUGAGAGUGCCUGCUGGGGUGUGUGCAGAAGGAUGGCUGCGGCAGAGCCUCUGACCGCUUUCUCCCGAUGGUACCUCUAUGCCAUUCACGGCUAUUUCUGUGAGGUGAUGUUCACGGCUGCUUGGGAGUUUGUGGUCAACUUUAACUGGAAGUUCCCAGGUGUUACCAGUGUGUGGGCACUCUUCAUCUAUGGCACCUCCAUCCUCAUCGUGGAGAAGAUGUAUCUGUAUCUCAAAGACAAGUGUAACAUUUUGCUGCGCUGCUUCAUUUACACCCUUUGGACAUAUCUCUGGGAGUUCACCACUGGCCUCAUCCUACGCCAGUUCAAUGCCUGCCCCUGGGACUAUUCCCAGUUUGAUUUUGACUUCAUGGGCCUGAUCACCCUGGAGUAUGCCAUUCCUUGGUUUUGUGCUUCUUUCAUCAUGGAGCAGCUGGUGAUCAGAAACACCCUGCGCUUGCGAUUUGAUGAGACUGCUGAGCCAGGGGCCCCCACUGUCCCCGUAGCCUUGGCCAACGGCCACGUGAAGACAGAUUGAACAGUGACUCCAAACCACGGUUAGCAAUCUGAGAGAGCCCAGAGCUCUACCACAAACUGUUGGCUCUGGCUUUGAGGUACUGCUCCUAGCUGUAUGAUAAGAUUAAUAAACCCCACUUUUCUAAUGGGGUUGUGCAUGGGAUAUACCGGAAAAAAUGGAACCAAUAGAUUUUCUAUGGAUUUUACUCUUUGGGCUCCAAGGACCAGUAUCAAUUACUUGUUAGUUAGGUCAUUUCUGAUUUUAACUUAUUACAGAUGAAAGCAGUUCUUUGGCUUACAGUUUCAUGUGGAGAAAGAAGUGCUACAGUGGAAAUGCAUUCAAAAAGGAAAAACAUAAUGGAUGAGCAUGGACGUGCCAGCUAAAUUAGUGAUUGGCUUACUCCAUUAGGCAAUAUUCAGGUGCUUGCUUGCAACCAAUACCUCCCGUGGGACCUGAGAUGCUGCAGGAACAAGGAAAAUCUAUCUGCUGAUGAGGGGAACCUAAGACUGGCAGUCUGCUGGGGAGGUAGAUGGUGUUCUCCUCUUGAGGUCCCACUGGCCUCCCCCAAGGUUCUUUGUUGCACCACAAUGUGAUCUGGUGCUGGACAUCUUGCUGAAUUUAUACAGAUCUUGUACUUCUUGAAAUCGCAGUCCUGGUACUCACUAGAUUAUUUUUUUUUAAUAAGGCCAUUCCUUGCCGAGUGAAUUUUACCAUAAUCUGUGCAAUCUAAAUCUUGGCAAAAGGCACAAGAAAUAGCAUAAGUCUUCCCAUCUCCUCUGUCUCCCCAAAGCAGAACUUGUCUGAAAGGCUGCUGCAGAUUCCAGCUCCCAUCCCAAUCAUGCAAAUCUUGUAGAGACUACAUGCCACACGAGUCUUCUGCCUGCCUUCCCAGAUCUGUUUCUGGUGAUGUUGGUGACUUAGUCUGGCUGCAACCCAUUGUACUUGACCAAAGGUCAAAAUCUUCAUGUGACUGAAGUGGUAUCCACGAUUCAGUGCUCCAGCACUGUCACCCCCUUCAGCACUGGGCAGAAGUGAGCCAGGACUCAGUGUUCUCAGUGUUUCAAGAGGAUUUGCUUUUCCUUCCCAAAAUCUAUUUUAAAUAACCACAGCAAACCUUUCUCAUGGCAAUUACUGGAGGAAGCAAAAGCUGUGCUGUGCUGUCUGAUAUAGGGAGACACAUUAUUUUAACAAACAAACGAACCCCUCCUUGAAGAGCACUGAGUGAGUUACGAGGUCCCAGUGAGGGCAGCAGUAGAGCUGGAGGUGCAGGAGCGCAGUGGCUCCCUUUCAGAGCUACCUGCAUGGGGCAGUUUGAAAUUUGUCCUAUUGAUAGCAUUUGUGGAGUAUGGGGAAAGCUGCAAUGCAAAGGAGGUGCUUGAUACUGGCAAAAUAAAAUCUGUUUGCUUUGGUAAGUCUGUGCUGUCAGUGUCAGCCAUGAACGUGGAGUUUCCAUCUGUCAGAUGUACCUCACUCCUGACAGCUUUAUGAGGCAGGUUUGCUGUAAUGGUCCUGUAGGGCCAGAUUAAUUUUGGGUUUUCUUCUAUCACAGUCAACUGAGCUGCAGAAGGGACGAAUUUAGCUUGAAAUGUGUGUUUGUAUGGUUGUAGGGUUCCACUCCUGUGAUGGAAGUUGGCCAGGUUCUUUCUAUGUUGGUCCUCUGAGAGGGCAUGCUCAGUUGUGUAGCUGCUCCUUGAAUGGGCAUCCAUUCCUGAGGGGAAAAGCACUUCUGCCCCUGUGAGGGGAAUUAUUUGUUGGUUCUGCUCCUAGGAAGGCAGCGUUAAGCCUUUUUGUAUCACGCAGAGUGCAAUUAUUUUAUUCCUCUCCCCUCCCCCCCUUCUCACAUGACAUCCAUUGCUGGCAACGGGCACACAAAAACAGUGGCAUCAAGGAGUUAAUCAAAUCUGCCCUGGGGUGUGUAGUGUCUCCUGAAGCACUCAGAAUACUUAGGUGGGUAUUUAGAGUUCCCUUUUUAGAGAUCAUUAAAUUAAAAGAGAACAAACACUGAACAGAUUCUUUUUUCUUGCUGUGAUGCCAGUAUUACAAAAUCAGAGAAACAGUAUGCUGUUUAUCAGCCUUGAUGGUCUCAGGUGUGAAGACCAAGGCAAAAUAGUCACCUGACAUUGUACAAGAGGCAAAAAGGAGAAACCAUCGGCUUCAUAGAAACAUCCUUAGGAUCCCUGCUUUCUCCUUAGCCGUUACAAAACUCUCAAAAGGAGUUAGCAAGAUGGUUUGGUGACUGUACCAGCUGCAGCUGGGACUAAGGGAGGAGGAGUUGACAGAGCUAACCUGGUUACGCAGUCAUGUGUCCCUGCUAAGUGAUGUGGUUCUUUCACAGUGAUACAGUAUUUAGGUGCUCAAAUUAUGGACGGGUUUCCUAGCAGUAUAUGAUACCUUAUUCCAUUAUCCUUAUUGUUUGUGCCAUUGUAACAACUAUUUUAGUUUGCUUUCCAGUAAUGUCUGAUGUACCACCUAGAUUUUAUAUCCUCAUAGAGUUGUAAUUUACACCCAGAAGUGCACUUUACUUGCAGCUUGCACACCAGAAACAGAAAGGGACUCAGCAAAUUCUUAAAUCAAUUCAAAUAAUUCCCUGGGCAGCUCAUGUUAUCACAGGGUUUGCUUUACUACCAUGUACCUAAUGCAGCAGAGUUAGCUAGACUUCUCCUUUCUGAGCAAUGUGGCUUUGUCUCUUCUGCAAAAUCUUCCUUUUGAAUACGUGUCAUGCUUCUGAUAACAUCUUACAGGGAAAGUGCCCAGAGCACAUUACUGGGAUCUUGGUGGCAGCUCAGCAUGAGCUCAGGAGCUGGUCUAAAUUUGUAGAGACGUUUACAUUAUGAAAAAGAAAACAAACAAAAAAGAACGCACAAGGCCUAACAAUUUGUUUGUAUGUGUAUCUUCCUCAGCAGAUUAAAGUUGCCUGUUUUGAGUUCACCAGCAAUAAAAAAACCUUGUGAUUUAUCCACCUGUCCAAACUCUGCAGCAAAAAGGAGAAAGUGGCCCAUUGCUGUUCUUUUGGGAGGGUGGUGGGUGGUGGGAUAUGGGCUUCAAUUACCCGAGGUUCCACUUUUGCCUCCCUUGCCUUGCUUAUCUCCUGUACUGUCCACGCUAAAGGAUGUCAAAGUACUUCCUAAAAUACAGUCCGGUGUCCUCGGCGCAAGGGGGAGUUCAAGUGUUGUCGUGAUGUCUGUGCAUAUUGCAGUGAUCUUGCCAGAGGGAAGUGGUUGAUUCAAAGCAGGGUGAGACUGCAUGUUGGUCUUUGGUGUUAUAACUGAGAGAAAUGUGUACAUAUGUACCAGGUAUUAUUAUGCCUUUGGUCUGAAUGCAUUUUGUAAUUAAAGCAGAAUAAUCCAAUCAA